AUGGAUUAUUUAAGAGAACCAUCAACCAAAGCAACUGGGAAAAGAGGUGUAGCUGAAUCACGUGCUGUCGUAUUUCGUGGUGGUGGAGGUGUUGGUCCUGGUCAAGGACCAGUAAUGGAUUUAAAAAGUGAAAUGUCCAGUGUUACAGAGGGUAUUGGAAUGGAGUUAGAAAAACGUUUCAAAGAGAUUGAUAAUCAAUUUCAACGUUUUAAUGAUGUUGAUUCACGUUUGAAUGAUGUAACACAAUUAUUAACAAAUUUAUCUGAAGUAAUCAGUAAUGUGACUGUAACACAACAACGAAUUAUUCGACAAAUAAAUGAACUUCCUACUUGUCAAUGUAAUGAAUUCACUGAUGAGGUUGUUCCUGUACAAAAAUCCACCACAACUCAAGCUGAUUCAGGAACAGCAGAAACUAGAAAACGUACAAAACUAGAAGUAGCUAUUCAAUCUGCAUUAGAAGCAGCUAAAGAUGUACUACGACCACCAACACCACCACCACCACCGCCACCACCUCCUCCACCCCCAAGGGAAUCACCUGUUCUAUUAGCUGCUGUUGUUCCUGGAUCCGAAGAUGAUUCAAGUGGUUCAGAAGAAGGUGGUGAUCCUUCAGCCGAUCCAGUCAUAGUACCUCAAGUUCCAGAUAUUAAAACUGGAAGAGUUAUCGAAAGAACAUUAGGUGAUCAUCGAUUAUGGGGAAUGGCUCCAUUUAAUUUUGAAAAAUAUCCUGGAAUGAGAAUGAAUGUACCACCGGAACGAAUGGCAUGGACUGUGGAAUAUCCAGAUUACUUUGCAUAUGAUGCUUGUGAAGAAGUUUUAUUAUUCCCAUCAGAAGAAUCACAUGAUGGUGUUAAUGAAAAUCUACGUACAAUCAAUUUUAAUCAAUAUGAUUCUAAAGCUAAAUUACGUAGACAAAGUUUACUUGGUCGUUAUCGUUUAGAUUCAACAACAGGUGCACCAUUAAAUCCAAUGGGUAGAACAGGUUUAUUAGGUAAAGGAUUAUUACCACGUUGGGGUCCAAAUCAUUCAUUUGUAUUAUGUAUUACAAGAUGGACAAGAGAUACACGUACUGGUGUACAAGUAAUAAGAAGUAAUCGUGGUGUAUUACAAUAUUUGGCAUUUAGAACUGAAAAUCUACGUACAAUCAAUUUUAAUCAAUAUGAUUCUAAAGCUAAAUUACGUAGACAAAGUUUACUUGGUCGUUAUCGUUUAGAUUCAACAACAGGUGCACCAUUAAAUCCAAUGGGUAGAACAGGUUUAUUAGGUAAAGGAUUAUUACCACGUUGGGGUCCAAAUCAUUCAUUUGUAUUAUGUAUUACAAGAUGGACAAGAGAUACACGUACUGGUGUACAAGUAAUAAGAAGUAAUCGUGGUGUAUUACAAUAUUUGGCAUUUAGAACUGAAAAUCUACGUACAAUCAAUUUUAAUCAAUAUGAUUCUAAAGCUAAAUUACGUAGACAAAGUUUACUUGGUCGUUAUCGUUUAGAUUCAACAACAGGUGCACCAUUAAAUCCAAUGGGUAGAACAGGUUUAUUAGGUAAAGGAUUAUUACCACGUUGGGGUCCAAAUCAUUCAUUUGUAUUAUGUAUUACAAGAUGGACAAGAGAUACACGUACUGGUGUACAAGUAAUAAGAAGUAAUCGUGGUGUAUUACAAUAUUUGGCAUUUAGAACUGAAAAUCUACGUACAAUCAAUUUUAAUCAAUAUGAUUCUAAAGCUAAAUUACGUAGACAAAGUUUACUUGGUCGUUAUCGUUUAGAUUCAACAACAGGUGCACCAUUAAAUCCAAUGGGUAGAACAGGUUUAUUAGGUAAAGGAUUAUUACCACGUUGGGGUCCAAAUCACUCAUUUGUAUUAUGUAUUACAAGAUGGACAAGAGAUACACGUACUGGUGUACAAGUAAUAAGAAGUAAUCGUAGUGUAUUACAAUAUUUGGCAUUUAGAACGUAA